GCAAUCCACUCUCCAGUUUCUUCAGGUUUCCCCUCUUCUGCUCCUGCAGGCUGCUGUGGACCAAACUGUGCAUGGUGCUCCUGGCCAAUCAGCUUGCUCGCACCAGAUCCUCCUGAUUCUUAAUUGGUCAGCUUUGCUGGCUGUGAAAGCUCAUACACACAUGCUCUCGCACGCACACACACACAGACACACAGAGGUACUUCUACUGGAGAGCAAGCCAGCACAGACGACAGAGAGGGAGAGAGAGAAAGCAGGUCUUUGAGCGUAAAACGCAGGAAGAGCAUUAAACACAGGAAGAGCGUUACGCGGGGACUUGCUAUUCUCUGCUUUGCCUAAAAGCCUUUGCUCAGAACUAUCCUAAGCUGUUACAGAUCUGCAAUAUGAACCACAGCUCCAAUGAUCCAGACUCUGAGCCCAAUGAACCACUUCGGUACCUCAGUAAGGAUGAGGCGGCUGCCCUUGAGACAGAGCUGCUGUCGGACUAUCGGUUUGGACAACAGCAGCUGAUCGAGAUCUGGGGUCACGCUUGCGCCGUGGCCAUCGCCAAGGCCUUCCCGCUGGGCACCCUGGCUAAGAAGCAGCCCACGGUGCUUGUGGUCUGCGGCCCCGACCAGAAUGGUUCCGUGGGGCUGGUGUGUGCCCGCCACCUUCGCAUAUUUGAAUACGAGCCUACCAUCUUCUACCCCAAGCGCUCCCCUCAAACUCUGCAUCAAGACUUCACGGUGCAGUGCGAGAAGAUGGACAUCCCGUUCCUCUCCUACCUUCCUGCAGAGGUCCAGUUGAUUAAUGACGCCUAUAACUUGGUGAUUGAUGCCAUCCUGGGGCCUGAAGCCGAUCACACGGAUGUAAGGGAACCAUACAGCAGUAUCCUGGCCACCCUGAAACAGAUCAAGAUCCCCAUCGUGAGCGUGGACGUGCCGUCGGGCUGGGAUGCGGACGAGCCCGGCACAGACGGGAUUAAUCCCGAGGUCCUCAUCUCCCUCACGGUGCCGAAGAGGUGUGCGGCCAGUUUCCCCGGAAAGCACUUCCUCGUCGGACGUUUCCUUCCCUAUGACAUACAGAAGAAAUAUGAGCUCAAUCUGCCCGAGUACCCCGGCACGGACUGCCUUAUACAACUGUAACAAACAUGCCCAUGCUUUUACAGAUAAACUACUAUAUAUAUAUAUAUAUAUAUAUACACACACACACAAGCUCCUUUUUGUAUUUAAUAGAUAUAUUAUUAUUAUUAUUGAUAGUUUGUUGUUACUAUUUCCAAGCUAUAUUAUGUGGGUCUGGAACAUAUUUUCCAGUUACCCUGUUGCUUCUAAAAAGAACAAAAAUAGACUGUUUAGAAUGUUGCAUUGUGGGUGGUCUCAGUCGUCGUAAAUUAGCGAACAGUUUGAGAAGAGUGUGAUUAUUCAUUGCAUUUUUUUUUAAUCACAGCAAAAUGUUACUAAUUUGGUGCUGAUAAUUUAUGUGACGUUUAAUUUUACCAUAGUAUAUAUUAUUUAUUGUCAUGAAUUACUACGUUUUAAAGUAGUAUAUUAGUACGUGCCACAUUUUACAUGUGAAGUGCUCCAUCCCACAUUUUUUUUUUUUCUUUGAAGUGUUUUUUUUUCUUUACUCAUUCUAGAGCAGUUGUUAGGGGUCUUUGAUAAAUAAAAGGUCUUAAAUAUGGAUUGUUGUCUUAGCCCAAUUUACCUGUAAAUGGAUUUUUUUGUAAUUAGGCAUUGUAUCAAGGUGGUAACAAUCAUGACUGUAGCCCAAAAGUAGACUGAGAAGAAAUGAAAGCACAAAACAAUGCUUGUUUUUUAUGCAUAUUGUGUUCUAAUGUGCAUUAAAGACUACUGGCUAAUGACUUUUUUUUAAAUCAGCAUUGAUGAAUAAAUACCGUUUCAGUAUGAAGAGAUAAA